AGGGCGCGGCGCCGGCGACGCGGCCACGCGGCGCGCUCCCGAGGAAGGGAGGUGUGGGGUCGGCUGGGGGUGGCGCGUGGACGGGGUGGGGGUGGGGGGAGGGUCGGGUGUCGGCGAGCUCCGCGUGCGGGUUCCGAGUGGCUGCUGGCGGCCUGGGCUGCCGGGGCCGACGCCUGGGUGGCUGCUGCCGCCGCGCCUGCUGCGAGAUGGCGAUCUUGGGCGCGGAAGGGUGAGGGCGCCCGCCGCAGGAGGAGGUGCCGCUGCCGUGGCCGCCCGGCUGCCGGGAGCCGACAGCUUCGCGCCGGGGUUGUCUCCUCACAGACUAUGAGCUCCUUGAAAGAGGGAAUCGUGUCUUACUCAUCUUUGUAUCCCCAGUGUCUAGCAGUUCCUGAUACAUAGUUUUAGCUGAAUUUUGGGACAUGGCCACUGCUUCACCAAGGUCUGAUACUAGUAAUAACCACAGUGGAAGGUUGCAGUUACAGGUAACUGUUUCUAGUGCCAAACUUAAAAGAAAAAAGAACUGGUUCGGAACAGCAAUAUAUACAGAAGUAGUUGUAGAUGGAGAAAUUACGAAAACAGCAAAAUCCAGUAGUUCUUCUAAUCCAAAAUGGGAUGAACAGCUAACUGUAAAUGUUACGCCACAGACUACAUUGGAAUUUCAAGUUUGGAGCCAUCGCACUUUAAAAGCAGAUGCUUUAUUAGGAAAAGCAACGAUAGAUUUGAAACAAGCUCUGUUGAUACACAAUAGAAAAUUGGAAAGAGUGAAAGAACAAUUAAAACUUUCCUUGGAAAACAAGAAUGGCAUAGCACAAACUGGUGAAUUGACAGUUGUGCUUGAUGGAUUGGUGAUUGAGCAAGAAAAUAUAACAAACUGCAGCUCAUCUCCAACCAUAGAAAUACAGGAAAAUGGUGAUGCCUUACAUGAAAAUGGAGAGCCUUCAGCAAGGACAACUGCCAGGUUGGCUGUUGAAGGCACGAAUGGAAUAGAUAAUCAUAUACCUACAAGCACUCUAGUCCAAAACUCAUGCUGCUCGUAUGUAGUUAAUGGAGACAACACACCUUCAUCUCCGUCUCAGGUUGCUGCCAGACCCAAAAAUACACCAGCUCCAAAACCACUCGCAUCUGAGCCUGCCGAUGACACUGUUAAUGGAGAAUCAUCCUCAUUUGCACCAACUGAUAAUGCGUCUGUCACGGGUACUCCAGUAGUGUCUGAAGAAAAUGCCUUGUCUCCAAAUUGCACUAGUACUACUGUUGAAGAUCCUCCAGUUCAAGAAAUACUGACUUCCUCAGAAAACAAUGAAUGUAUUCCUUCUACCAGUGCAGAAUUGGAAUCUGAAGCUAGAAGUAUAUUAGAGCCUGACACCUCUAAUUCUAGAAGUAGUUCUGCUUUUGAAGCAGCCAAAUCAAGACAGCCAGAUGGGUGUAUGGAUCCUGUACGGCAGCAGUCUGGGAAUGCCAACACAGAAACCUUGCCAUCAGGGUGGGAACAAAGAAAAGAUCCUCAUGGUAGAACCUAUUAUGUGGAUCAUAAUACUCGAACCACCACAUGGGAGAGACCACAGCCUUUACCUCCAGGUUGGGAAAGAAGAGUUGAUGAUCGUAGAAGAGUUUAUUAUGUGGAUCAUAACACCAGAACAACAACGUGGCAGCGGCCUACCAUGGAAUCUGUCCGAAAUUUUGAACAGUGGCAAUCUCAGCGGAACCAAUUGCAGGGAGCUAUGCAACAGUUUAACCAACGAUACCUCUAUUCGGCUUCAAUGUUAGCUGCAGAAAAUGACCCUUAUGGACCUUUGCCACCAGGCUGGGAAAAAAGAGUGGAUUCAACAGACAGGGUUUACUUUGUGAAUCAUAACACAAAAACAACCCAGUGGGAAGAUCCAAGAACUCAAGGCUUACAGAAUGAAGAACCCCUGCCAGAAGGCUGGGAAAUUAGAUAUACUCGUGAAGGUGUAAGGUACUUUGUUGAUCAUAACACAAGAACAACAACAUUCAAAGAUCCUCGCAAUGGGAAGUCAUCUGUAACUAAAGGUGGUCCACAAAUUGCUUAUGAACGCGGCUUUAGGUGGAAGCUUGCUCACUUCCGUUAUUUGUGCCAGUCUAAUGCACUACCUAGUCAUGUAAAGAUCAAUGUGUCCCGGCAGACAUUGUUUGAAGAUUCCUUCCAACAGAUUAUGGCAUUAAAACCCUAUGACUUGAGGAGGCGCUUAUAUGUAAUAUUUAGAGGAGAAGAAGGACUUGAUUAUGGUGGCCUAGCGAGAGAAUGGUUUUUCUUGCUUUCACAUGAAGUUUUGAACCCAAUGUAUUGCUUAUUUGAGUAUGCGGGCAAGAACAACUAUUGUCUGCAGAUAAAUCCAGCAUCAACCAUUAAUCCAGACCAUCUUUCAUACUUCUGUUUCAUUGGUCGUUUUAUUGCCAUGGCACUAUUUCAUGGAAAGUUUAUCGAUACUGGUUUCUCUUUACCAUUCUACAAGCGUAUGUUAAGUAAAAAACUUACUAUUAAGGAUUUGGAAUCUAUUGAUACUGAAUUUUAUAACUCCCUUAUCUGGAUAAGAGAUAACAACAUUGAAGAAUGUGGCUUAGAAAUGUACUUUUCUGUUGACAUGGAGAUUUUGGGAAAAGUUACUUCACAUGACCUGAAGUUGGGAGGUUCCAAUAUUCUGGUGACUGAGGAGAACAAAGAUGAAUAUAUUGGUUUAAUGACAGAAUGGCGUUUUUCUCGAGGAGUACAAGAACAGACCAAAGCUUUCCUUGAUGGUUUUAAUGAAGUUGUUCCUCUUCAGUGGCUACAGUACUUCGAUGAAAAAGAAUUAGAGGUUAUGUUGUGUGGCAUGCAGGAGGUUGACUUGGCAGAUUGGCAGAGAAAUACUGUUUAUCGACAUUAUACAAGAAACAGCAAGCAAAUCAUUUGGUUUUGGCAGUUUGUGAAAGAGACAGACAAUGAAGUAAGAAUGCGACUAUUGCAGUUCGUCACUGGAACCUGCCGUUUACCUCUAGGAGGAUUUGCUGAGCUCAUGGGAAGUAAUGGGCCUCAAAAGUUUUGCAUUGAAAAAGUUGGCAAAGACACUUGGUUACCAAGAAGCCAUACAUGUUUUAAUCGCUUGGAUCUACCACCAUAUAAGAGUUAUGAACAACUAAAGGAAAAACUUCUUUUUGCAAUAGAAGAGACAGAGGGAUUUGGACAAGAAUGAAUGUGGCUUCUUAUUUUGGAGGAGCUCUUGGAUUUAAAUACCCCAGCCAAGAAAAAUUGCACAGAUAGUGUAUAUAAGCUGUUCAUUCUGUACAGUGAAUUUUCCGAACCUCUCAAAGUAUGUUUUCCAUUCUUCCACAGAAAUAUGCAAAACAGUUCAUCCUUUUCUACUUUAUUUAUUGUUCCCUUGAAAUGACUGACCAGGAAAAAGAUCAUCCUUAAAUUUUGAAGCAAGUGAGAGACUUUAUUAAAAAUACAUAUAUAUCUAUAUAAACAUAUAUGAUAGUGGCUCUAGUUUUAUAGAGCUCCAAGUGUAUUAAACAUGACAGCCAUUCAUUCAUAAAGAUCUGGAUUUGCUUUACCUUGUUAAUAUUAUCUAGGGGAAAAAGUGCAAAUUGCUCCAUGUUCUUCUCUCCCUUAUGUAACAUCUCCUAAGGGUGUUUAGUUGCAUGGCUGUUCAGGAAGGUAUUAAGGGCUUAGGCCAAAUCUUACUUUGAGUAUGUUAAAAAAAAAAUGCUGCUGGCUUUUCUGAAGACAGGUGCUUGAACCUGUCAGUUUGUUUUAAAUAAAUACAAUAGUUGAAAAUUU